AUGCGCUUCUUCGAGACCAUCCUUUCCGCCGCGGCCUUCGCUGCCGCCGUCGCUGCCCUCGAGAUCAACGACUUCCCUGCUGAGGGUGUUGUUGCUGGCCAGACCUACACCAUCACCUACUCCCCCGCGGACGACACCCCCACCACCUUCAUCCUCCGCCAGGGACAGUCCACUGACCUCGACACCGUUGCCACUCUUACCACUUCCGCUACCGGUGGAAAGUUCGAGUGGACCCCUACCAAGUCUCUCGUCAACGAGCCCGACUACGCUCUCCAGAUCCAGCAGGGAACCACCAUCAACUACUCCGCCCAGUUCCCCCUCUCUGGUGGUGCUGAGGAGGAUGACUCCCCUGUCUCCUCUGCCGUCUCCUCCGCCAUGGCCUCUGCUUCGUCCGCUACCGCAUCUGCUGCUUCUUCCGCCUCUGCUGCCCUCAGCAGCGCCAUUGAGAGCGCCAAGUCCAGCAUGAUCACCAGCGCUGCCUCUGCUUCCGCCACUAUUAGCCCCUCCGCUGGCGUCAACUCCACUGUCACCUCUGCCACUCUUACCCGCUCUUCUUCCGGCUCUGCCACUGGCAGCGCCAGCCUUCCUGAGGUCACUGACUCUGGUGCCAACAUCCGCAGCCCCGUCGCUGCCAUGCUCGGUGCCGCCGCCGCUUUCGCCUACUUCGCAUAA